UAAAAAAAUCGUUAAAAAAUAAAUGGGCAACGAACCAUCAGCUCCUAAUGAUAAGAUUGAUUUCUUGAGACCUGUUCAAAAGAAAGCACCUGAACCAACUUAAAUCAAUAAAGUUUAAUAGAAUGAAUGGAGAAUAGGAUUGUAACAUCCCCAUCUCUUAUAAACUUUGGGAGGAUAACCUGAAGGGGAUUAGUAUCGAUACUUCUUUGAAUUUUGUUAAAUUACUUUAGCAUCUUUACUUUAAGAACGAUAUGGAACAAAAAAAUACUUUCCUGAAGAAGACUUGUAGGCAUUACUUCUAGGUAUAAGUAGUGCAUUAAGUUUCUUAUAAGAAAAGGGAUUGUCACAUGGAGGUAUUUACUUAAUAUCAUAUAUUUAUUAGAUAUAUGUACAACUGAAAUAUACUUUGAUUCAAACAGUUCAAGUUUUAAAGUUUUAGAUUCAAAUUUAAUUAAUGGAAGAGGUGCUUCUAUUUAAUAAUUAAUGGCUGGGAAGUUGAAAUACCUUGCACCAGAAAUAUUAUAAAACCCUACACAACCUUUAUCAGAGUUGUAACUAAGUAAAAAUGAUGUCUGGUGUUUGGGAAUGGUAAUGUUAGAAGCAAGUACUCUUAAAUAAAAUGAUAAUCUCUAUUAAAAUGGAUUAUAAUUUAGAUUAAUCUCUGAUAGAAUCAAUGAAGUAGCUCAAAUUUACAAUUUAUAAUUUGCAGAGAAUAUUGCUCUCAUGCUCAAUUUUAAUCCAAAUGAAAGAUUAGAUCCAGUCAAUCUUUUUAAUUAUCUCCUUGAAUAAUAAAGAACAGCAAAUGAAUAAGAUUAACAAGUAGUCUAACAAUAACAAUAUCAAUAAUUACUAUAAUAAUAAUAAUUGUAUUAAUAAUAAUUAUGUUAAUAAUAAUAAUAGUAAUAGUAAUAAUAAUAAUAAUAGUUAAUGUAUCAAUAAUAAUAAUAAUAAUAAUAAUAAUAAUAAUAAUAAUAAUAAUAAUAAUAAUAAUAGUAGAUUACUUAUUAAUAAACUCAGUAAUCUCAAUUAUAGUAAUAGUAGAUGGCCUAUUAAUAAGCUUAGUAAUCUUAAUUAUAGUAUUAAUAGUAAUAAUAAAUAUAAUAUUUACCUUAAUAAGUUGAACAAUCAAAUUAUUAACCAUAAAUAGUCUAGUAACCAUAAUUAUAAUAAACCUAAAUCCCUCCUUAAUAUCUUUAGUAAUAAUAAUCGGCAAUCUAAUAAUAAUAGUACAAUACUUAAUAAACCCAAUAUUAAUAAUAAUAAUAAUCAUAAUAACAACAAUUUGCUUAAACUUAAUAACCAAGAUAAAAUCAUCAUUAUUCAAGACCCUCUCAAGAUUUCAUGAUGACUCAACCUGAAAUGAAUCAAACUAUGUAAGGAGGAGUUUCUAGAGAAAGAGUUCCAACUAAAAUUAUUAAGAAGUUAGUUUAUCCUGAUGGAAGAGUUGAAUAUCAAGAGAAAUCUCAUUCAGCUUCAAGAAUGGGUAAUUUAAUAUACAUAUAAUUUUAGUUUAAUAAACAUAAUAAUAAAAACCUUAGUAACUGCUUCCUUAGACAUAAUAAUAACCAUAAGCUAUGCCUCAAUAAUAAUAAAUAAUGGCUUAAUAAUAAUAAAUGCUCUCAUAAUAACAAAUGGUUUCUUAACAAUAAUAGAUUACUUAAUAACCCUAAUAUAAUCCAUAAUAUUAAUAGUAAUAGUAUUACUAAUAACCACAACCAUAACCUUAAUAUCAGUAGAGAUAAAAUGUGCUUGGUAAUAUUGAAAACUAAAUGUAAGUUGUUACUAAUGAAUAAAACAUUACUAGAUUGAAAUAAGAAAUUGAACAUUCAAAAACUUUAAUUUAAUAAUAUAAUCAAUAAAAACCUCAAGUUUAAGCUGAAUCUAUAGAGGAAAGAAUAAGAAAAGUUAUUGCAUAAUCAUAAGCAUUAAGAGAAAACUUUGCAUGA